AUGGCGGUGAAAAGUAAGAAAACGGCCGUAGCACCGAAACAGCUGGCUAAACCGGGCAAACCCGCCCCGAAAAAGGUGGUCUCGAAGAAGCAAGAGUCGGAGGAAGAGGACGAUCCGUUUGAUGAGGAUCUGGACGACGAGGAGGAGGACGAUAUCGAGAUGGAUUCGGAAGGCAAGGCAGCACCUGCGAAAGACACGAAGAAGCCAGUGGCAGCCGAGAAGAAGCCGGUGGCCACCGAGAAGAAGCCAACAGCUACCGGUCUGACCAAGGAGGCCAUUCUGCAGGAACGCGAUAGCCGCUCGGUGUUUAUGAAACGGGUACGGCCCAACACGACGGACGCUCAGAUGACCGAGUUCUUUGCGGGCACAGCCAAAGUCAUCAGAACGCGCUUCGUGCGAUCCAAGGGGGUUGCGGUCGUGCUGCUGGAUAAACAGGAAGAUGUGGAGAAAGCACUAAACUUAGCAGGCCGAGUGCUGAACGGCAAAGAGGUCCGUAUCGAGCGAUGCAAGAGCCAGGCAGGUGGCCCAGUGAGGAAGCCAAAAAAGAACAAGAAACAGCGAGCUGCCGCAAAGAAGAAGGGUGGCGCGGAGAAAAAGAAUGGCGCAGCAUCAACACCAGAUAAGAAACAGAAACAAAAGGCCAAUGGUGCUCCGAAGGUGGCGAAACCAGGAAAGCAGGAAGGAGGUCCGAAAAAGCCAGACAAGCCGGAGGGAACACCGAAGAAAGCAGGGAAACCAGUUGCCGGAACACCGGCGAAAGGAAAGGCUGCCGGCAAACCGGCGAAGAAAGGACAAGAAUCCAAAGGAGCGACGACGGCAGCGGCACCAGUAACACCGAGUAACAAGAAGAAUAAGGUUCCACAAGGCAAUCGAGCGGCGGUUCAGGGCAAAAAGAAGGGAAUCGCAAAGUAG